CCGCUCGAUCAUCUCCGCGCUCAGCUGAGGCUGCCUGCCUGCUCCCCAGCUGUCAGCUCGGCGCUCCACUGCCGCUUUGACGGGCCUCCGGGCCUGUGCUUAGGGUCCCGUAGCCACCAUGUCUACUGCUAUGAACUUCGGGACCAAGAGUUUCCAGCCCCGGCCCCCAGAAAAGGGCAGCUUCCCGCUGGACCAUUUCGGUGAAUGUAAAGCUUUUAAAGAAAAAUUCAUGAAGUGUCUUCGUGAUAAUAAUUUUGAAAGUGCUUUGUGCAGAAAUGAAUCAAAAGAAUAUUUAGAAUGCAGAAUGGAGAAGCAGCUGAUGGCACAAGAAUCACUGCAAAGGCUGGGAUUUAAAGAUCUAAUGGAUGAAAAAUCAAAAGCAAAAAAGAACUUGUAAUGGAAGAAAACAACUGAAUUACUUCUUACAGGAAUUCUCUGUAGUGGUACAUAUUGUACAUUCUUUAAUUGUUCCCACAAUCUGUAAGAGAUUAAUAUUUGACCCUGAUUGAUAUUAAAAUCUUACUUAGGCAGGGUACUUUGUUUGAAGGAUUCCCUUUUUUCAGUAUUCACCUUUAUUAAGCAAGAGGCAAGAAAUCAAAAUUAUGUUAACCAUGCAUUGCUAACGUUAAUCCAUGGGUAGAAAGUCUAAUCCUGACAUCAACCAAAAUUAGGGGAAAUGUUUACUUUUGUGAAGUAAAUGUAACCUUUCAGGGUUAUCAUUUGGUAAAUUAUCUCUUUUUAGAGAUUUUCCUAAAACGUAUAUGGGGUUUGGGGGGAUGUUUUUUGUUAAUAUGUGAACCUUCAUUUCACAUGAAAUAGGAAUCUUAAAUGUGAUUUGAUAGCAAUAUUUGUAAAUAGUUGCCUUUUAUCGUCUGUACAUAUGUAAUUUUAAUAGAGUACUAUAUUUUUUGAGUUGAAGUCAAAUGCCUACAAAUUGUCUAUUUAUAUAACUGUUAAUAGAAAAUAAAAGUGCUACUCAGCAACAAAAUAUGACAAAUUUCUUUUUUUGAUAAAAUGAAAAAAUACAAAAGGAGUGAGAAAUAUUUUGCCUUCAGAUAUAUUUGUCUCUACGUUUUUCAGAUCAGAUAUUUGCAGGUUCUUUAUUUCUAAAUUGUCCAGGUUAUGGUUUAUCUCAACCUUUAUAAAAUUUGGCAAAUAUUUUAAAACCUGUCUAUUUUUAUUUCUUAAAAAGCAGAAUAUCUGGGAUUUAAUCAACACAAGAUAUCUUUUCAUUAUCCAUAAACCAUAUUGUUUUACUUUGUAUAGAAACUUCUGUAAAUCUUGAUAUUUCAGCAUUGUUACAUCUAAGUUCUGUCAAGAAUAAAAUGGUAGAAGUGAUCAUUUCUUUUCAUGGUUUUCCUCACCAGUAUUUGAGCAUAUACAGUAUGCAUGGCAUCAUAUCCAUGGUACUUGAUGAUUUGCAGUAUUUUGUUCCAGUACUUCUAGAUGCCCCUGCUCUAAAAAUGGGGAUUGUACCAGACUUAUCUGGUACAAUUUGGACAGUUUUAGGCUGGAUAGAAUGUAGCUUCAUCUUUGUUUAUUCUUGUACCUUUGGCACAUACCAUCAGUCAUGUUGGAGAAGGGAGUUUGUCUCCUUCCUCACUAUGUCAUUAGUGCCUUGCUGAUGGUGGAAGAAGAGAGAAAGCCCUCCACCCCUCUGCCAUCUUCCUAAACAAAGUUACACAAGAGCUGUAAGGGAAAAGGUGAAGAGCAAUUCUCUCUGAAGACUUGGGCUCUUCUUCCAACUGGCAGAUGUUAACCCUAUCAACAGACCCCUAAAAAGGGUGUCCUUUCUACUGAGCUAACUGGCUUUUUUUUACAUUCUUUUUUUUUUUUUAUCACUUUUUUUUUUUUUUUUUU